AUGGGGUCUUAUUAUUGCCCUUUGCAGUUGACUAAGUGGGUUCGUCUUGUGGUUAAUGUUUACUUGGAAAUUCAAUAGGCCAACCUCAUUUCAACUAUAAAAACGCAUAAACCAUUGAUUAAUGUGUUACUGCUCCACAGUGUGUGAUUGAUUGAAAGAGCUUUCUGCAAUUCAUUUUGGAGAGAGAGAGAGAUGGAGAAAGCGCAUAACAGACAGCGUGUUCUGCUUCAGCAUCUGUUGCCCAAUUCUUCUUUUUCCUCUGCUCCUCCUGAAACCCAUCAAUCUGCUGCCCUGUCUGCUUCAAUAUGUGCUGCUGGGGAUAGUGCUGCGUACCACAGAACAGCUGCUUUUGGAGACGAUGUAGUGAUUGUGGCAGCCUACCGUACUGCCAUUUGCAAAGCAAAGCGAGGAGGCUUUAAGGAUACUUCACCUGAUGAUUUACUGGCUCCUGUUUUAAAGGCACUAAUUGAGAGGACAAAUUUGAACCCAAGUGAAGUAGGGGAUAUAGUUGUUGGUACGGUUAUGGCACCUGGCUCACUUAGAGCAACUGAGUGCAGGAUGGCUGCAUUUUAUGCUGGUUUCCCUGAUACGGUUCCCAUCAGAACCGUCAACAGGCAAUGUUCAUCAGGCCUUCAGGCAGUUGCUGAUGUAGCUGCUUCUAUAAAAGCCGGAUUCUAUGAAAUCGGUGUUGCAGCUGGAUUGGAGUCCAUGUCAGUUGAUAAACUUGGCAGGAUGAACAAAAUUAAUCCUAAAGUAGAUAUCUUUGCACAAGCCCGUGACUGCCUUCUUCCCAUGGGUAUUACCUCUGAAAAUGUUGCACAGCGAUAUGGUGUGACACGGCAGGAGCAAGACAAAGCUGCUGUUGAAUCACAUAGCCGUGCUGCUGCAGCAACAGCAUCAGGCAAAUUCCAAGAUGAAAUUAUCCCUGUAUCUACUAAGAUUGUGGAUCCAAAAACUGGAGAGGAGAGGCCUGUUACAAUUUCUGUGGAUGAUGGGAUCCGGCCAAAUGCAAACAUGAAUGAUUUGGCAAAGCUGAAGCCUGCAUUUAAAGCAGAUGGGUCUACAACUGCAGGAAAUGCUAGCCAGGUGAGUGAUGGUGCUGGAGCAGUUCUCCUCAUGAAGAGAAGUUUAGCUAUGCAGAAGGGGCUUCCUAUUCUUGGUGUUUUCAGGAGUUUUGCUGCUGUUGGCGUUGACCCCGCUGUCAUGGGAAUAGGUCCAGCUGCUGCAAUUCCAGUUGCGGUGAAAUCUGCUGGUCUGGAGCUUGAUGAUAUUGAUCUAUUUGAGAUAAAUGAGGCAUUUGCAUCUCAAUAUGUAUAUUGUUGCAAGAAAUUGGAGCUUGAUCCUGAAAAAGUCAAUGUUAAUGGAGGCGCUAUUGCUCUAGGGCAUCCUUUAGGCGCUACAGGUGCUCGCUGUGUUGCAACUCUAUUGAAUGAGAUGAAGCGUCGUGGCAAGGAUCACCGCUUUGGUGUGAUAUCCAUGUGCAUAGGCUCGGGUAUGGGGGCUGCUGCAGUUUUUGAGAGAGGGGACUCAGUCGAUGAGCUGUGCAACGUUAGAACAGUUGAAAGGAACAAUCUUUUAUCAAAUGAUGCUAGGUAGAUAAUUCAAGUGCAUCUUGCUACUUUUGGGCUAUUGGCUUGUUGAAUCAUCAAAAUAAAUUGUUUCCGAGAGUAUGUAUGGAUCUUCCUCACAAACCAAAGGGAAAAAACUAUGAUGAGACUGAGAGAGAUUGUAAAAUGUCAAGUCCUGAGUAUUUUAAUAAACCUUUUCGCAGUUAGAUUUGCUGUCUAACUAAUCUGCCUUUGAAUCA